UAGCAUGUUUCAUUUCGGUAGUACAGCACUGCCAUGUAGUCUGACGCGUGGGACGUUGAGCGGCACUGACCAAUUAACAAGUAUUAUCGGCAAGCCUUUGUCGGCACCUUUGUACUUUUCGGGGGUAGUGGGUUAUGAUUGAGCUGUAAUUAAUCCUCAGGGAAUUGGGGAGUGUUGGCGAGGGAGGAGUGCGUGGCAGCAGUCGAGACACAUCAGGACUACAGUAAACAGAAACAACUCGGCAGUGAUGUCUACGUGGCCUGUUGAAAGGACUGAAAACUUCAUUACUCAUGUGGAAAAUAAUUAGUGAUCAUUUCUCUGCCUCAAUACGAAAACGAUAAAAGCGUGUUCACUGGACAACUGGCACAUUUCAAUUCAUCAGCACCAUCGCUGCACGUCCAACUUGUGGAUAUCUGACAGAUACAAUAUUCUCACAAGUGUCAUGGUUUACUUGCAAGAGUUUGCUGUGUGAUACCGCAUCUUGGACUUGUUAAGUUUUCAAUUCAGUUUUCCACAUUUAAUUUCUGAAAAGUUGAACCACUAAAUUUGACACAAUGAAGACAGCAGUAUUAUCUGUUGCAUGUUGCACGAUGAAAGUUGCUGUUGUUGUGAUGCUGUUUGCCAUUGUAUUUACCAACGGCGUGUAUGUUCAAGACCGAAGACGUGAGCUGUUACGGGACGGUAGUAGUGAGUCCAGUGAACGGCGUGGUACUCAAGAUGAGAGCAUGCAACCGGAGCUUGACCAGAACUCGGCAGAAUCAGAAAUAACAUCGCCUAAAAGGAAACCGUUCCAGAGAACUUUGGUUUUAUGUAACCGUGAUGACGAAUGUGAAGACAAGUCAUUUUGUCACGGAGGAGAGGGCCACAAAUCUUGUCUUCCCUGCAGGCGCUCAAGAAGACGCUGCCAGCGGAAUGGAAUGUGUUGUUAUGGCAACGUAUGCCGACAAGGUCGAUGUGUUCCCAAGGAGAUGCGAUAUGAUUCAUCGUAUGCCAAGGCAAUUCCCUCCGAGUCAGAAGAAGAAAGUAUUUCUCAACACACCAGGGACAACAUGCGAAAACUUCGUGAAGACGAGGUUUGUGAGGCAACAGAGCAGUGUGCGCAGGGUUUGUGCUGUGCACAGCACUUCUGGACACGCAUCUGCAAGCCAAUCUUAGUGGAAGGAGAUGUAUGCACCAAGAAACGAGAUCGGCUAACUGCGGUCUUCCAACGAUGUCAAUGCGGCGAGUCGUUGUCCUGUAAGAGGCAUCCUUCUAAGGAGAUUCGUUAUCAUACGUGCCAGCUCAUCAAGACAAGAAAGCGUCCUGCAAAAGAAGAUGAUGAAGAUGGUGAUAACGAAAACGAGGAGCCUGCCUUGAGGAUUGAAGUACAACUCGCAAAUGAUGGAGUUCAGCAUGAUUGGAAUGAAGAGACAGAUAAUAGUAAAAGUCACGGACCUGACCCAGAGAAAGUAGAUUACAGAAGUGAAGAUCAAUCGGUGUCUGAAAAUCAUUGGGGUGGUGAUGAAGAUCAGACUGAAGAAGAACAAACGGAGGAGAGCGUGAGUGAGCUCAUUGUCGCUGCACGGAAUCAGACUGGAAGUAUUCAACCAGUUACUAACAUUAUUGAGGUUUUAUGACCUACAAGUUUCAUUGUUGUGAACAAGUGUACAUAAGCAGUGUGGGGAUACGGAAUCCCGGUACAUACUGUUAUUUCGUUUUACCGUUUUGGAUUUUAUUAAAAACAAAAACAGUAAACGAACCAUUGACCGUUUUGUC